ACUGAUGGAACUCAAGUCACAUAAGCAUCUGAUCAUGCCUAAAGUCAUUUGUAAAUGUGGUUUUUUCUGGUAAACCUGGAAUAGAUCUCGCUCCGAAGUUCAGAAAAAAGGGAUAUGCACCUUCAACCAUGAUCAUCUUCCUUGUGUUUACCAUCUUGCUCUGUAGUCCCAGCAGAGCACAGUUUCUCUAUUCAUUUUGCAAUAGCAGUACUACCAGUGACUAUGUUUCGAAUAGCACGUUCGAAUCUAACCUCAAACUUCUUCUCCUCUCUCUAUCUUCCAACACUUCUGCCUCAGCUGGGUUCUAUAACACAUCUGUGGGUUCUAACUCCGACCAAGUCUACGGGCUUGCACUCUGCAGAGGCGAUGUCGCCGCUGAUGUUUGUCAGAGUUGCGUCCAGACUGCAAGUCAAGAAAUCCUACGAGAAUGCCCAAACAAGCAAGAAGCAAUUGUAUGGUACCAGUACUGCCAGCUGCGUUACUCCUCCUCGAUGUUCUUCUCUUCGAUGGUGUACGCCGGAAAGUUUCCACCAUGGAACGAGCAACAGCAGAAUUCCACAGACCCAGACCAAUAUUCUACUAUCUUGACUAACUUGAUGAGGAAACUCAUUAACCAGGCGGCAUAUGAUAAUACAUCUAAGCCUAUGUUCGCGACGGGUGAUGCCAGCGUUUCAGAAACUGAGAAGAUAUAUGGUCUGGUGCAGUGUACAAGGGACAUAGAUAGGAGUGAAUGUAAGAAUUGCCUGACAUACGAAAUGGGAGAUAUUCAAGGAUGCUGCUCUUCUCGUAGUGGGGGAAUGAUUCUCGACACGAGUUGUAAUUUGAGGUACGAAUCAUCCCCCUUCUAUAAUGGCUCAAGUGCUUCUUCGACUUCCAAAGGUAGUGGAAGGAAGACAUGGAUGAUUGUAAUAUUUGUCAGUACUGUACUAGUAGUUGUAUUAAUAGCCCUCUGCAUUUGCGGUGCACAUUGCCUUCGGAGGAGGAAGGGAAGAGAAGUAGAUGAAGUCAAAAUUCAACUUGCACCGUUACGACAAAAUUUAGAGAGUACUCCAAUCAGCAUCGGUUUCCCAGAAAGCAAUAUACAGGGUGGAAACCAAAUGGAUACUUCAGAGUUGCCCUUGAUGGAUUUUGAAGCUAUAAAAGCAGCUACAGACGAUUUUGCAGAUUCAAAUAAGCUAGGACAAGGUGGGUUUGGCACUGUUUACAAGGGUAUGCUAUCAAAUGGAAGGGAAAUAGCAGUUAAAAGGCUUUCAAGAAAAUCAUGGCAAGGUCUAGAAGAGUUCAAGAAUGAGGUUAUACUAAUAGCAAAGCUUCAACACAGGAAUCUCGUUAGGCUUUUGGGUUGCGGCAUCGAAGGAGAAGAAAAAUUACUCGUAUACGAGUUCAUGCCUAAUACUAGCCUCGAUGUCUUUAUCUUUGAUCCAAUACGACGUGCACAGCUUGACUGGAGAACACGCUUUGAUAUCAUUUGUGGGAUUGCUCGAGGCCUGCUUUACCUUCAUGAGGACUCUCGGCUUAAAAUCAUUCACAGGGAUCUGAAACCCAGUAAUGUAUUGUUGGACAGUGAUAUGACUGCAAAAAUCUCAGACUUUGGCAUGGCAAGGAUUUUCUGUGAAAAUCAAAAUGCAGCUAAUACCAGAAGAGUUGUUGGGACAUUUGGAUACAUGGCUCCAGAGUAUGCAAUGGAGGGGUUAUUUUCUGUGAAAUCUGAUGUUUUUAGCUUUGGUGUUAUCUUGCUUGAGAUCAUAAGUGGGAAGAGAAACAGUGGCUUCUGCCUCACCAAGCACGCACAGAGCUUUCUUGCUUAUGCAUGGGGACUGUGGGUUGAAGGCAAAUGUUUGGAAUUUGUAGACCCACUGUUGGUAGACAAUUGCUCGACAACAGAGGUGUUGAGAUGCAUCCAGAUUGGGCUUCUGUGUGUUCAACAAGAUGCAGCUGACAGACCCACCAUGUCAACUGUUGUUGUGAUGUUGGGAAAUGAGUCUUUAGCUCUCCCUCAACCUACAAAACCUGCAUUUGCUUUGGGAAGAAUUGUUGUUAAAGCAAAUCAAUCUUCAUCUGUCAAUUGUUCUGUAGAUGUGGAGACCAUUUCUCAUGUUUUGCCACGUUAAGGGUUAAUUAAAAUCUUUUCAUGCCUAUAAUGUUUCUAAUAUUCCUUGUGAUGGAGAAAGGUUUGAAAUUCUUAAUACAAAGAGAACAGAAGCACGACUUAAAAAUUUAAGAAUGUCGUCAAAAAAAAA